AGCUAAGCGCGUGUCCCGCAACGCGGGCCGCGUCGUUCCGGCCGUCAUUUUCGCCGCGACCGCCAGUCUCGGACGAUUUUGCCAAAUCUACGUCCACCAUCUUUGUUGCGAGUCCUGCUUCGCGCAUCGCGUACGCCGUUUUUUUUUCCUUCCACGAUCGUCGCCCGAUUUCAUCCCUUCCUUGCCGCGCCGCGGAAUUGUUCGCCGCGACCGUAUAUGCACGAGAGACGACCUUGAUCCCCCUUUGCUCCGGUGUCAGCCGUUCGUCACGCGCUCGAUCAAGUCCGCGAUGCGUGCUCUGCUCCGUUUUGCUUUGCGAAUCGGACCCCGCGAAUCGCGAUAAAAUUUGUCCCGUUUUGUCCUCGUCUCGACGUCGUUUCACCGAGAACCGCGUUUGGUCUCGCAGCCGCUCGAUACGUCGAAGACGGCACUCCGUCCGGCGCACGUCGACGAGUUUUUCAUAGCGACGAUACGUUACGAAACGAUUACGUCGUCAUAGGUUGCUGCAUGUGCAAGUGCAUCAGAGACCCGCGUUGGCAUAUGCAUCAGCUGGUACCCGCGAAACGUCGCGGAUCCAAUCCCAGUAUCGACCGAGACAUCCGGGUCUGUAUGAUGUCUGAUGCCACGGAAAGCAUGAUCGGGAAUAACAGGACGAUGCCCAACAUCAAGCAGGAAAUCGAUAACCCAACAACACCCACGCAAAAUUAUCAAGUGUGUUCGCCAACCACGACUCUUCAGCAUCAGGAGUCGAUAUGUACGAAAUUAGACAUCGGGACGGAUUACGGCGGUAGCAACGGUAGUCCCGAGAGUCCAGAGAUGCAUCAUUGUUCCUCGACGACGCAGCCGUUGGGAACUCCAGAGGACGGCGUUAAGGAAGAAGAUAUGAUACCCAGGAGACUUUGCCUUGUCUGCGGUGACGUUGCGAGCGGUUUCCAUUACGGGGUUGCCUCGUGCGAGGCAUGCAAGGCUUUCUUCAAGAGAACUAUACAAGGAAACAUCGAGUACACUUGUCCGGCGAAUGGCGAGUGCGAGAUAAACAAACGAAGACGCAAGGCGUGCCAGGCGUGUAGAUUUCAAAAAUGUUUGCGGCAGGGAAUGUUGAAGGAAGGCGUGAGAUUGGAUCGCGUUCGAGGUGGUCGACAGAAAUACAGAAGAUCCACGGAUCCUUACACGCCGGUCAAGAAUGCUACUCUAGAGGAUAACAAAAUGGUCGAAGCCUUGGCAGCCUGCGAACCGGACAUACUUCAAGUGUCCAAUAUCCCGAGUACGCCGGAGACGGAUCAGAGAGUCCUCGGGCAAUUAUCAGAGCUCUACGACCGAGAAUUAGUUGGCAUAAUCGGUUGGGCCAAGCAGAUUCCAGGAUUCAGUAGUUUAGCGCUGAAUGAUCAAAUGCGACUUCUGCAAAGUACUUGGGCUGAGAUAUUAACCUUCACUCUGGCGUGGAGAAGUACGCCUAACACCGGUAGAUUGAGGUUUGCGCAAGAUUUUACAUUGGAUGAAAGACUCGCGCGCGAAUGCCAUUGUGUAGAGCUUUACACGCAUUGUAUCCAAAUCGUCGAAAGGAUCCAGCGAUUGGGUUUAACGCGAGAGGAAUAUUACGUGCUGAAAGCUUUGAUCCUAGCAAACAGUGACGCUAGAUCCGAUGAACCUCAAGUACUGUAUCGUUUCCGAGAUUCGAUCUUAAAUUCUUUGUCGGAUUGUGUAGCGGCAGUGAGACCGGGCCAAGCACUCCGCGCCACGCAAAACAUGCUACUAGUGCUGCCCAGUCUUAGACAGGCUGAUGGGAUUGUCAGACGUUUCUGGUCCAAUGUAUACAGAACAGGCAAGGUACCGAUGAACAAGCUCUUUGAGGAGAUGUUGGAGAAUGUUUGUCAUCGAUGAGAUGAGAUGGAUCGUCGCAAAUUCGAUAAUUUGACCGUACAUCGCCAGGAUCACGCCGUUGUUUAUUGUAAGCUGAUGCUUGUACCAUCAACGUGAUUAUAUAUUAUUAUACAUCAUAAUUUCGGGUACGAUUUUCAGUGCCGUCAAAGACACCAGUGAGUGAUAGUGCGUGAGAGAAAUGGAAUUACUGGUCCAUUUACGAUUCUUUUUAUUUUCUAAAUAAACUCGUGAAUUUUUAUUCCUUUUUUCUUUCUUUUUGCGUGCGAAAAGGACAUUGAAAGUGGAAGUUCGGACAGUGUCUCCGGCGGUCGUUGUGAUUGACGAAUUGUUCUAAAUGGCAGACAUGUGUAGUCUUCGUUCGAAGUAUCCAAACUUUUCUUUUCAAGUACCCCAUUUACAGGUACAGAAAGAAAGAAAGAUGAUAAAGGAAAAGGAAAAAAAAAAUGUAACUUUUAUGUUGAAAUAUAACAGUACAAGAUGCGAGAAGACUUUCACAGUACUCAUUUUAGACGUAUGUGGCAGCCAAUCGUUGGCUUUAUUACCAAAUAAAGUGUUUUCGUUUGAUCGUUAUGAUCACAACACUGAAUAUAGUAAUUAGAUAAGAUGUAAUAACUGUGGGUGUUUAUAUAUAAGUCGUAGUGAUGAUACCGUAUUAAGAAUCAAAAUCAUUGUUACUGAAUGGCAUUUUCUCUAUUUUCUUAAUACCGUUUUUUUUCUUUUUUUUCCCAUUCAUUCUCUGUGUACCCUAACAGGAGCGAUUUGGAAUCAUUGUGCGUUUCAGUGCACUAUAUAUAUAUAAAUAUAUAAAUAUUGCCUCUCUUUUACAUUAGCACUUGUAAUUAUAAUAGCUUAAAUGUGAAAAGAAAUCGAAUAAUAUUAAUCAAUCUAUUUGUGAUAGCUGUGUAUUGAACAUCCAUAGUUAUAGCGGUGUAGAGAUACGUCUUUGUACAUUAUCCUAAAUUACAUCUUUGUACAAUAUAAACAAGAUCAAGUUGAAAUGGGUGCGAGAAGAUGAACGGAAGACAGAUAGAAUGACUGAAUUGUUUUUUCAAUCGGAGACACGUCGCUUCAGCGCAAAAUUUGGAUUGCGUAUUGGAUAUAUAUUUUAAGAAUUAUCGGCUAGGCUAUUGCCAUAUUCUUAUGCUUACGUUGACGGUAGAUAGAAGUAUUUACCUGGUUAUUAAAAUGGCCGCGUUAUGAUAUACCCGUGCCACACAAGAGAAAAAAAACAGGAAAAUAUAUAUUAUUGCUAAUAUAUAAUUAUUAAUAUUAUUAUUUUUACAAUCACAUUAUUAUGAUCAUUAUUAUUACAUUGAUCUACAGUUAAUAUUAUUACCAUUAUUAUAUUCAGGGAUCUUUAUUAUGUAGGUAUCGCUAAUUAUUAUUGUUAACGAAAAUCAGCGAGCGUAAUAUCAGAUUGCAUUGAUGCGUGGUUGUAACAUUACAUAUGCCUUUCACGAUGAGGAAUUUUUUAAGGAGAGAACGAGAGCUAUAUAUAGAAAACGAGUAAGUUUCAUGGAGCUGUGUUUGCGAAUCGCGAGUCCUCGGCGGUUUUUAUCAAUUUAAUUUGGAGUCACUUCAGUUGUUUUGAGGAAACUCGUUUAACUUCUUAGGUGAUACGGCUAACGAUAAGCAAAUCAGGAAAGUCAUUGCCCAACAAGCAGUAAAUUCCAGUUCAGUUCUUUCUUAUCUGUUAUCUUUUGCUUAUAUAUAUAUAGAGUAAAAAUUGUGGCAUAAAAGAUGAUAAUCUAUAUCUUUCCCAUUAGGAAAACACUUUUUUUCCAAAACAGUGAUAAUAAAAGCCGUGUGUGGACCUCGUACUUACAUCGCGAGACUAUCGUCGACUUUAUUGCACUAGAGUACAAUAAAGUUAGGACAUACAGUUCAGUUCCCCUCUUGAUUACUAGAUGACGUCAUUCCUUUACUUUCCCUCGGUUGUUGUCCUUAUCUUCUGCCAAUAGAUCACGAGCGUUUUUUUCUUUUUAUCCUUUUUGCAUUUAAAUUUGUGGAAAAUAAUUUGCAGCUAGAUCUCGCACUCAGUACUCAUUCCGUCGUGCUUCUUCUGUAAACUACCACUAUUUUUUGAUUAACUAACGUAAAGCAAAGAGAAAAAAAUUGAAUUAGCCGUUUUCGUGCCGAAUUUUUUUCGCGUUCUAUUCGGACAGUCGCGUUCGAUUUAAUUUGUUAGCUAAUUAUUUUGUUUUCUUGAAAGUCGUGAGACUUGAAGAAGUUAUUAUCCAGAGAAUAUGAAGACAUUCAUAUAAAAGGUAUUGUAUUUUUUUUUUUUUUUUUUUUUUUUUUUAAUCUUUUAGUCACGUUGUCUGUGUAAUGUGUUUCCUUUUCUCUGAAAAUAAAAUCCACGUAACAGCGCAUGAGCCUUUCAGCAAUAUUGCAGCAAGCAAUAUUGUUGCAAUGUUGCUGGCAUACUGUGCUAAUGAGCAAUGCGCAUAGAUUGAAAGUUUUCAUUAAAAAAAUUACAAAAAUUUCUGAAGUUUUAUUUUGAAAGUAGUUUGUGUUUCGCCGUGUUAUGUCAACAAAUUCCGAGCUCAUUAAGAUUAAAACAAAAAUAUCCCCCCGCCCCCCAUCCCCCCAUUGACAUUUUCUGUGUAACGCGAUGUACCGACGUUUUUCUUUGUCUUCGUUUUCGUCGAGGUCAACGAGCUUUCCCGUUUAACUGUGAUAUUCGCGUUACUGAUUCGCGCAUUACAGAUUCCACUAUCGGAUCUGGAAUCAAUCCGUAGAAUUAACGUUUUCUCGUUUCCCACCUAUUCCUUUGUUAUCGAACGCGCGUGUCGAGGGAACCGCGGUGGUUUAAAAAAAAAAAAAAAAAAAAAAUCCGUCGAUCCACAGAUACGUCCAUUACAGUUUCCAUAUCUCGUCCCAAUUCCCUCCACUUGAGAGACAAAUUAGGACAAUUUUCGCGAGACGUUUUUUUUUCGAGCACCACGCCACCGAUUUUGUCCCGACUUCUUCUUCCUUCCAUUCUUCGCUCUAAAUUCUGAACCACGAUCACGCUCACUUUCUCCGCAAUUUACGAUCGAUUACUUAACAAUUGUACAACUCCUAUUUUGACGUCGCAAAGUUACCCUUCUCUCCUCAAGGCCCUCCAAUCGUACCGAAAGUUUUUAAGGAUGUACAAGGGCAAAUAUUUUUGUGUGUGCGUUGCCUCAUCGAAGAGAGAUUAAAAAAGAAAAAGAGAAUGGGAGAGAAGAAAGCAUAAAGCGUCAGGUAUUUUUGUGUGCGCUGCCCGGAUUAUAAAGUUUCAUACUUUGUCGAGCAUUUUUUUUUUUGUACAUAUGUAAUCACACCGAUUCGCCAUGGCGGUAGAAUCGUAGUCUCAGGGUUGCAAGCAAGCAAACAUACAAACGUAGGCACAUUCAAAUAGUUAAGCCGUGCGAGUAUAUCUCUGUCAACAAACAUUUUAGGAGUAGUAUGUAAAACGAUAGAUUUAAACGAGGGGAAAGAAUAGGUCGUCAAACGAAAAUACGCGAUACGCUGUGUAACAGGAUCGAGUUUCGCGGAUUACGGAAACGGGAGAUAUUUAUUGCGGAAACGAAAGGAGAGCGGACGCAGCGAUGGGGAAUUAUCGAGAAGAAUAAAAUUUACAUUAUGAGACGCUACGACGCUACAUGGACGAUUAGGCUUUCGUUUUUCGCUAUGAAGGGAGUGCUUUUACAGAAAUUCACGCUUUAUUUCCGUACACGGACUGGCUUCGAAAGGCCUUCGCCAGGCCCGUUUUGGACACGCGCGACCUGCCGGACGAUGAUUCGUUAUUUCAUUGAGAUCUCGUAUUAUAUAGAGAAUGGUUAAGGUUACGUUGUAAUUUAUUGUUGCGUGGAAGGUCUACUCUCUCGAGACGGCGAAGAUCCUUUCUCGAGAUAAAAAUGUGAUGUGACGUGACUCUUCUUUCCCGACGUCAGGACGAGGGUAUGACGAUUGUGUAGUGCUGAUAUUCUGUGGAUAAGUGAGUUCCUUCGGCGGUAGAGAUCUUGCCCUUUUCGAUUUUGCGAUAUACGUGAACGCGUCUACUCCGAGAGUGUAUUAUAAAUAGUUUAUGUAAUACGCUGAAAAAAUAUUUUUUAUCAAGUAAAUAUAUUUUUGUAUCAUUUUCUCGACUUUAGAAGAAAUUCGUAAGUUUCUAAAGAAAUAUUAUUUUACAGUGAGAUUGGAAAAAUUCACAUAAAAAUUAUUAGGCACUAAGAUUCAUUGUAGAUCAAUCUUGGCUUUCUCAUCUUUAUGUUUGAAAUUAUUGCUUGCUAAUAUUUAUUUAGAUACAGAAAAUGAUACUAUUAAAUAUAAUAUAAAUAUAUUUACUUAAUCACAAAUUUUUUUUCACUGUAUAUAUGUUUUAAACAUAUAUAUACGAUAUAUACAAUAUAUGUAUAUGUAUGUCACACGUGCUGCGAUUUUGAGAUUUUUUUUAUUCGUAAAGACUAUUUGUAAGUGCGAAUUCGGACGAUCGCGUCGCUCUUCGGAUUCUUUAUUGUAAUAUAAAAAUUGUACAAAAUUGAUGAGCUCUUUUAGUUUCUUCGUUGUCUUACGAGUCAUCGCUUUUUUUUCUGUCUCAAGUCCGUCGAUGUGAUUCACGUCUGCAAUGAAGAGAGAUACCGCUUCUACGAUAAUUAUAAAUAUGUACGUAGUUACUUUGUAAUUAUGACGCGGUAGAUUCAUAAUUUUUAUAUGUACGCAUACUGAGAGAGAAUGAAAGUGUGAGAAUGAUAGAGAAAGAGAGAAAGAGAUCGAUGUGUAUCUAUAAAAAAUAAGGCCGAAGAGUAUAAUAGUAGCGUCAACGUUGUCGAUGCAACGCAAUUGCAAGUGAUGCGUCGCGAAAUUUCAUAACGCGAAUAAUUAGAGUAGUUCGUACGAGAAAGAGAGAGAAAGAGAGAGAGACAGAAGAGUGUAUGUUAAUGAUGAUAUCUACAACGAGAUGCAGAAAAUAAAUCAACAAACGACACGCUGUAUGGAACUACCUCGGUAA